AACCUAUCCUAAACUUAAUUUCUAACGAUAACAUAUGGCUAACCACCAACACCAACAAACACAUGCCCAAAAUACCUUAAAAAAAACACAGGUUGUAGUAGUUAUGGUGCCUCUCCCUGCACAAGGCCACCUCAACCAACUACUACAACUCUCCAGGCUAAUAUCAUCCUACAACAUUCCGGUCCACUUCGUCGGCACCACCACCCACAACCGCCAGGCCAAGCUCCGCGCUCAUGGAUGCGACCCACAAGCAGCGGCAGCUGCCACUUCCAGUAUCCAUUUUCAUGACUUUGAAAUCCCUACCUUUUCAUGUCCUUCUGCAAACCCAAAUGCAAAAAACAAAUUCCCUUCUCACCUGCUUCCGGCUUUCUACGCCUCUGUAUCUAAUCUCCGAGAACCGGUGUCUUUUCUUCUCCGCUCGCUUUCUUGCGAAGCAAGAAAGAUUAUUGUUAUUCAUGAUUCUUUAAUGGGGUCAGUAGUUCAAGAAGUUCGGUUCAUUUCCAAUGCAGAAUCUUACACUUUCCACAGUGUAUCUGCUUUUACUCUCUGCUUGUUUCUUUCGGAGAAAAUGGGGAGAAAUAUAAAGCUAAAUGAAACGAUCCCAGAAGAACUUCCUUCCCUUGAAGGUUGUUUUACCAAUGAGUUCUUGGAUUUCACCGCCUCCCAGUAUGAUUACCAUAAGUUCAAUUCAGGUUGUAUUUACAACACUAGCAGAUUAAUAGAAGGUGCUUACAUAGACUUAAUUGAAAACGAAGUGAAAGAAUCAAUGCAGAAGAACAUCAAGAAGCACUGGGCAUUAGGGCCUUUUAAUCCGUUAACCAUACCGGACAAAGAACGUUUACAAGAACAGCACUUUUGCUUAAAAUGGCUAGACAAACACGAAAGAAACUCGGUUAUUUAUGUGUCGUUUGGUACUACGACGACUCUGAAUAAUGAACAGAUCAAGCAAUUAGCCAUUGGUUUAAAGCGAAGCAAUGAAAAAUUCAUCUGGGUACUAAGAGAUGCUGAUAAAGGAGAUGUUUUUAAUAAAGACAGUGAGAGAAAGGCUGAACUACCAAAAGGGUAUGAAGAUUCAAUACAAGGGAUGGGAAUAGUUGUAAGAGACUGGGUGCCCCAACUGGAGAUUUUAGCCCACCAAGCAAUAGGAGGUUUUAUGAGUCAUUGUGGUUGGAAUUCUUGCAUGGAGAGUAUUACUAUGGGAGUGCCAAUAGCAGCUUGGCCAAUGCAUUCAGAUCAACCAAGAAAUGCAGUUUUAAUAACUGAUGUUCUGAAGAUCGGGGUUAUUGUUAGGGAUUGGAGUCGUAGAGAUGAGAUUGUGACCUCGAAAAUGGUUGAAACUUGUGUUAAGAGCUUAAUGGCUUCAGAUGAAGGAGAUGGAAUGAGAAAAAGAGCUGCAGAAUUCGGUGACUCGUUGAAACGGUCGAUGGGUGAAGGUGGAGUUUCUCGCAUGGAAAUAGACUCUUUUAUUGCUUAUAUUUCUAGUUAAAUUUUAAGUUUGGUUAUAUUAUCUGUGUUAUGUGUUUUCUAUUUGGUCGUCUUUUUAAAGCAAGCCUCCAACUCCAAUGAGAUUGGAAUUUGAAGAUUAUUGCAAGUUUGAAUGGUUACUGUAAAUGUAUUUUUAUGUCUAUCAUCUGUGGGGCGGACUCAUAUACCGAUUUUAGGUAAGUCCAAUCCUCUACAAUUAACUAGGAAGAUAUUUUUUUCAAUUGACUUUGAUUGGGUAUUUGAUCAGUUUGCAUUUAGGGUUUUUAAAAUAAUUAGGAAAAUAUGAAUGUUUCCUUUUUGUUAGUUUUAUGGACAGAAGGCAUAGAACCAAAAAUUUAGUUGAAAGAAGUGAAAAUUCAUCUCA